AUGUCUUCGAGAGCACUGACAGCAGUCCUCGUCUUCUGCUUCCUGUCCACCUCACCGUUUGCCGCCGUUUCCGCCCAAAUGGAGCCCCAAGCACCGCCCACCGAUGGCGCAUGCGGCGGUCCGCCCGUCGGGGGCAAAUGCCACAGCGUCGCCAGCGCGCUGCGCCUGAAGCUGAUCGCCAUCCCCUCGAUCCUCCUGGCCAGCUUGCUGGGCGUGUGCCUGCCGCUCUUCUCCCGCUCCGUCCCCGCGCUCCGCCCCGACGGCAACCUCUUCGUCGUCGUCAAGGCCUUCGCGUCGGGGGUCAUCCUCGUCACCGGCUACAUGCACGUGCUGCCGGACUCCUUCAACGACCUCAGCUCGCCCUGCCUGCCCCGGAGGCCCUGGGCGGAGUUCCCCUUCACGGCGUUCGUCGCCAUGCUCGCCGCCGUGUUCACGCUCAUGAUGGACUCGCUCAUGCUCUCGUUCCACGGCCGGGGCAAGGGCAAGGGCAGGGGAAGUGCUUCGGUCGCGCACCAUUGCCAUGCUGACAGCGCACUGCCGCAGGUGCACUGUCACGGGCACGGGCAUCUAGACGUGAGCGAAGCGAUGCCGGAGGCCGCGGACAAGGUCGUCGAGGACGACGUCGAGGCCGGCACGGCGCAGCUGCGCAGGAACCGUGUCAUUGUUCAGGUAACCGAUCGAUCUUGUUGCACGAUGGCCUUGAUAGUUCUUCCGUUCAUUGUUGUUGAUCUUGGUGUCGACCUCGAUCGGCAGGUCCUGGAGAUGGGCAUCGUGGUGCACUCGGUGGUGAUCGGCCUCGGCAUGGGCGCGUCGCAGAACAUGUGCACGAUCCGCCCGCUGGUGGCGGCGCUCUACUUCCACCAGCUCUUCUUCUCCACCACGACGCCGUUCGGGAUCGCGCUGGGGCUGGCGCUCACCAGGGUGUACAGCGACACCAGCCCGACGGCGCUGAUCGUCGUCGGGCUGCUGAACGCGGCCUCGGCGGGGCUGCUCCACUACAUGGCGCUCGUCGACCUCCUCGCCGCCGACUUCAUGGGGCCCAAGCUGCAGAGCAGCGUUAGGCUCCAGCUCGUCUCCUUCCUGGCCGUGCCCCUCGGCGCCGGCGGCAUGUCCGUAAUGGGCAAGUGGGCGUGA